UCUUAAUACUGUUUGGUAGUAAUUAGUAGAGCAAGGAGCAGGCCUGUUCGAAUGGACACUGCAGGAUAUUUUUCAAUGCACUAAUAAAUCCAAAGGGAGAUGAAGUCCACCCUCUCUGUGUGUUUUUUACUGGCUGGGGUUCAAAUUUUGGUCCAUGGCCAUCGUCCUCACUGUCACAGUAAUGAGUAUGAUCAUAUAUAUCCCACAGAACCUGAUUCCCAGGUUGAAGAAGCUUAUCCAUGUAAAAGCAAAGCCUAUUUCAAACUAGCCCCAAGUAAUGCUGACUUUGCUUUCAGAUUUUACCAGUUGGUUGUAUCAGAGGAAUCUGACAAAAAUGUUUUCUUCUCACCCAUAAGCAUUUCCAUUUCCUUUGCAAUGCUGGCACUUGGUGCUAAAUCAGCCACUCUGAAUCAGAUUCUGGAAGGGCUGGCCUUUAACAUGGAAAAGACUCAGGAGAAGGAAGUACAUGAAGGUUUUUGCCAUCUCAUCUGUGUACUGAACCACACAGACUGCGAGAACCAAUUGAAUAUGGGCAAUGCCCUUUUCAUAGAAGAAACCCUGAGACCACUACAGACCUUUCUGGAGGAUGUCAAAAACUUUUAUGACUCUGAAGUUUUAUACACUGACUUCCAAAAUUCUACUGCUGCGGAAAAGCUGAUCAAUGAUUACAUUGGGACGAAAACCUAUGGCAAAAUUACUGAUUUAGUCCAGGACCUUGAUCCACAAACUGUGAUGGUUCUUGUUAACUAUGUUUUCUUUAAAGCCCAUUGGGAAAAACCCUUCGAUACUUUUAAUACUGGAGAAGAGGAUUUUUUUGUGGAUGAGAAAACAACUGUAAGAGUCAACAUGAUGUACCGGCAGGGCAUUUAUAAAAAUCACUUUGAUAAGGAGCUUUCUUGCUGGUUGGUGCAAGUACCUUGCAGUGGAAAUACUGCAGCCUUGUUUGUUCUGCCUGAUGAAGGAAAAAUGAAGGAAGUAGAAGAUGCUCUGUUGCAAAAAACUGCCUCUAAAUGGGAAAAUUCCCUCAGAAACAGGAAAAUACAUCUGUACGUUCCAAAAUUUUCUAUUUCUGGGACCUAUGAUGUAAAAGAGAUAUUCAGGCAAAUGGGCGUGAUUGAUGUAUUCACUGACCAAGCUGACCUGUCAGGAAUUACAGAGGAAAGUGGACUGAAGGUUUCCAAAGCUGUUCACAAGGCCAUGCUGAAUGUUUAUGAGAAUGGUAUGGAGGCAGCAGCAGCUACUUUUCUAGAAAUAGUAGCUGACUCUCUUUCUCCUACCAUAGAAUUCAACAGGCCCUUCUUGAUGAUGAUUGUUGAUCAAGCUACCCACAGUAUUCUCUUCAUGGGAAAAAUCAUGAACCCUACUGAAAAAUGA